UUUUCUAUGCAUUUGGUCUUUGUUUAUAUUUGCUUAUUAUCUUUACGUAGUAGGGUAAUGCUUGUCUUCGCAUCCUUCUAAUUUUAGUAUACGUACUGCAAAUAUCUGAUUAUAUUUAUCUAUACUGUAUAUAUGUAUGUGUUCUGUCGGAACAAAUACUUGUUUAUAUUUAUCUGAACUGAAAGUUGUUAAAACGGUUUGCUAAUUACGAAUUUGCAUUCGUUUAUAACCUAUAAUCAUGUUUACAAUGUCUAAUAGUAUUAUUUUAUUGUUUACAAUGAGUAUAUUUUGCACGUUUAUACAAAUAAACAUGACUGCAGAUAAUUCGUCUACACCAAUUGUUAUAUGGCAUGGUAUGGAUUUAUUAUGAUGACAGGUGAUAGUUGUUUUGGCUAUGGUAUUGAUUAUAUAAAACACUUAUUAAGGAAAAGUAUACCUGGGGUUUAUAUCAAAUGUGUUCAUAAAGGAAUUAAUGAAUUGCAGGAUAUACAAAAUAGUUAUUUUGGUAAUAUUAAUGAUGAUGUGAAACAAGUAUGUGAAGAAAUAGAGAUGGAUACAAAUUUACAAAAUGGUUACAAUGCAAUUGGUUUGUCACAAGGUGCACAAUUUUUACGUGCCGUAGCCGAAAGAUGUUCAACUCCACCAAUGUUAAAUCUUAUAUCCCUUGGUGGUCAACAUCAAGGUGUUUAUGGAUUACCACGAUGUAUUGCUGUAGAUCAUAUUAUAUGCGAGUAUAUUAGAGAAGCACUUACUUAUGGAGCAUAUUCCAACUUUGUCCAAGAAAAAUUAAUCCAAGCAGGAUAUUGGCAUGAUCCUGUGAAAGUAGAUGAGUAUAAAAGAUACAGUCUUUUUCUAGCAGACAUUAAUAAUGAAUUAAAUAUAAAUGAGACAUAUAGAAAUAAUCUUAAAAACUUAAAAUCUUUAGUUUUGGUAAUGUUUGAAAAUGAUACUAUGGUGCAGCCUAAAGAAUCAGAAUGGUUUGGAUUUUAUAAACCUGGUCAAAACAAAGAAAUAGAAAGUUUGCAGGAAUCUAGUUUAUACAAAGAGGAUCGUCUGGGUUUAAAAGAAAUGGAUAAUUUAAAUAAAAUAUAUUUUCUUUCUGUUAAGGGCAAUCAUUUAAAAUUUACAAAUGAAUGGUUCAUGAAAAACAUUGUGGACAAAUUUCUUAUAUAAGAAUAAUAGGAAUAAUAAUUAUAAAAAUAAUGUUUAUAUCUUGAUGAAGUAAUGUUAUAGCAUUUAAUGAUGUGAUAUAAGUAUAUAUUAAUGCAAUAAUGAAAUACUCGUUAUUACUAUUGAUAAAUAUAAUAAAUUUGUAAAUAUAAAAUUA